AUGAUACUGGCUCUGGAGACAAAACGACGCGCCAAAUCUUCCGCAACCGGUGCACCACCGCCCAUCGACGUCAGCAGUCUGAUGCAAUGUGUCACCCUGGAGGUGAUCAGCCGACACGCCUUCAAUGCCACCGCCGAGGAGAUGGCCGACCUGUACGAGGAGAACAGUCGACUGCGCACCAUCACCGCCCAGUUUAUGGCCCGACAGGCGCCCAACUUUGCCCUCCAGCUGACCGCCUACUUUCCUCCGCUCCAGCGACUGGCCGUCCUCGCGUACAGCCUCUUCGGCGGAGGUCAGCUGAUUGACCACAUUGUGGAGCACGUCAACCGCUGCGUCAUUGAGUACUAUCAGAUGCGCAUUAGACAGCGAUUCGGAGAAGCGGAUGGUGAGGAGAAGGAGGCGGCGCUUUCGCAGAGGAAGGUGAACAUUCUGGAGUACAUGCUCGAGCAGCAGGAGCAGGGCAACCUCAGUGAACUGGAGCUGACGGGCAAUGCCAUUGUCACGCUGAUUGGCGGCUAUGAGACCGCCUCAAAUGCGCUCACCUUUACCCUUUACCUGCUGGCGAAGCAUCCGGAGAUUCAAGAGAAGCUGCGAGCAGAGGUUCGCAAAGUCGCCGCUAAAAGCAAGCAGACCAAUGCCAAUAACGCCAACUACUGCCACUUUGACGCCAAUCGCUGUGAACUGCUGGACCGAGUUUGGUACGAGUCGCUGCGUCUCUACCCGCCGGUGGUGACCUUUCUCACGCGAGAGCUGGACGACAACUUUGAAGGUGAUGGCGUUGUGCUGACUAAAUCAGGCGUCAAGGUGACCAAGGAGAUGACCGUGCAGGUGCCCAUUUGGACACUGCACCACGAUGAGAAGUACUGGAAAGACCCACUCACUUUCAACCCACUUCGAGCUGAUCUGCCCAUUCCCGGCAGCGGACAAACAAACUACGCCUUCCUCCCCUUCGGAGCUGGCUCUAGGUCUUGUAUUGGCGCCAAGCUGGCCGACUCGGAAGCGAGGGCCGUCCUCUCUGCUAUUGUCUCCUCGUACCGCGUCGAGCUGGCCAGUAUCGUAGAUGAUGAAGAGGCCAUCGACGAGGCCACCGGUCUGCUCCGACUGACCUGUCAGACGAUCUUCAUUCGACCGGAGAAAAACAUAAGCCUAAAGUUUACGCCGGUUUAG